AAAAAAAAAAGAUGGCUAUAACCGGGAAGUCCUCCUCCUCGUCCUUAUCCGGCGUCGUUCUGGCGGCGGCGGCGGCUCUACUGCUGCUUCUUCUCCUGGCAAUUACGACGCUAGCCGACGACGACGAAAACGCGUGCGGGGUCAACAUCCCCGACGUGGCGACCGACUGCAAGGACUACGUGUGGAAAGGGUCGGAGCAGCAGGACCCCUCGCCGCCGUGCUGUAAAGACAUCGAGGGCGCCGACGUCGGCUGCGCGUGCAGGAAGCUCCUCACCGCCGAGGUGCAGUCGCUGCUGGACAUGAACCACGUCGUCUACGUCGGCAGGAAGUGCGGCCUCUCCAUCCCCAAGGGCACCAAGUGCGGCAUUUCGUCGUCAACAAUUGAAGGGGGAUCCGCGUGAUGAAAGAUCAUAUAUCUACACACGACGUCGCGUCGUGGAUUAUCGUUAUUGCUACGUAAUAUAAUAUGUUAUAAACGCGCUGCUACGGAUCGGGAAAUCGCCGGAAUCGACAAAGCAAGAAUACGAGAGCGAGAAUCGAAAGAACACAGACACACGAUUUACGUGGUUCACUAACACGAUGUGUGUUAGCUAGUCCACGGGCGAGAGAGAGCCGUUUCACUAUACUGAGGAGAUUACAGAUUACAGAGGAGUAUGAGAAGUAUUUAUAGUACUUCUCCAUGUGGGUCUAAACCUAAUCCAAUCUAGCAAAGGAAACGGUUACAGACCAGGCCCAGAACCCGAACCCAAAUAACAUUGAGCCCAUACACCGUGGCAGAGUAUAUGUCGUAGCGGCUGAUAAUCCGAUUCAAGUCAUAUCAACAAAUCUCCACAUUGACUUGAAUCCUCUUCCUCUAAAAUCUUUGAUGUACUCUGCUCCUUCUCUCUCUCCCGCCAUCAAUGCCCCGCAGGGCGGAGUCACCCACUCAAGACAUUCAGCAAGUCCAAGCAGUGUUGGAACUUGCCAUGUGGAACCGGCUUCGUGAACAUGUCAGCAGGAUUAUCCGCGGUGCCAACCUUCUUCACCUUAAUCCUCUUCUCUGUCCUCAAGAAAUGAUACCUCACAUCGAUGUGCUUAGUCCUCUCAUGGUGGACUUGAUCCUUGGCCAAGCAUAUUGCACUCAAACUGUCGCAAUACACCACUGCUUGAUCAUGAUGUAGACCAAGAUCACCAACCAGUCCCUUCAACCAUAUUCCCUCCUUAGCAGCUUCUGUCAACGCCAUAUACUCUGCCUCAGUAGUAGACAAUGUCACCGCCGACUGCAAAGUUGCCUUCCAGCUCACUACAGAACUCCCAAGAGUGAAUACAUAACCGGUCAUCGAUCUCCUCGUGUCAACAUCUCCAGCAUAGUCCGAGUCAGAAUACCCAGACACCAAGCACUCUGUAUCACUUCCGAAGCUAAUCCCCACAUCAGGUGUACCCUUAAGGUACCGGAAGAUCCUCUUCACAGCCUGCCAAUGCUCCUUCCCAGGUUGUAUCAUAAACCUGCUAACAACACUAACAGCGUGUGCAAGAUCAGGUCUAGUGCAUACCAUAGCGUACAUCAAGCUACCUACUGCACUAGCAUAUGGGACUCUCGACAUGUACUCCUUCUCAGCCUCUGACUGCGGUGCAUAAGCUGAGGAUAGAUGAACAUUUGAAGCACUAGGAGUAUUUAAGGGCUUUGCUGAGACCCCCGGUUACCAGUCGUAGCGGCUGAUAAUCCGAUUCAAGUCAUAUCAACAAUAAUAUAAGUCGGUGACUAUAUAUAUAUGUGCGUAACUAAUUACGUGCACGUUGAUCACAUGCAUGAAGUAAAAAUUAGAGUGUUGUGUAACGCAAAGUUAUGGUUUUAAUCUAUUGAAUUGAAGAUUUCUUAUCCGUUA